AUGGAUGGCACCAUACAGAGCACACUUAUAUUUAUUUUAAUUGUAGAAGUAAUAAUAGGAUGCUUUGGAAAUGGAUUCAUAGCUCUGGUGAAUUGCAUGGACUGGGUCAAGAAAAGAAAGACCUCAUCUGUGAACCAAAUCCUCACAGCCUUGGCUUUCUCCAGACUCGUCCUUCUUUUGACACUACUCGCUUUUAUUUUGGUGUCCAUGCUGUACUCAGACCUGGUGACAACUAGAACAGUGAUAAAACUAAUUAAUUUUCAUUUGAUUUUCAGCAACCAUUUUAGCAUGUGGCUUGCUACAUGCCUUGGCCUCUUUUAUGUUCUCAAAAUAGCCAACUUUUCUAACUCUAUUUUUGUUUGCUUAAAGAUGAAAGUUAACCAGGUGGUUUCAGGGACUUUAUUCAUCUCUCUGGCCCUCUUGUUUCUAAAUACUCUACUAAUUAACUCAUACAUUGAUGCACAGAUGGGUGGCGACAGAAAACAUCUGCUAUAUGAUUUCUCUUCAAAUAGCUCUGCAGAAUUUUACAGGGCUAUUUUAGUCAUUAACAAUGGUAUCUUCACUUCCAUACCCUUUACACUUUCCCAGUUAACUUUCUUCCUGCUCAUCUUCUCCCUGUGGAGACAUCACCAAAAGAUAAAGCAGCAUGUUCAAAGAUGCAGAGAUGCCUGUGCUAAUGCCCACAUCAAAGCCUUGCAAAUAGUGACCACCCAUGUCCUUCUAUGUGACAUUUUCUUUGUGGCUCUUUUCAUCCAAAUUUGGAGAACUGAGUGGUUGAUGAACAUUAUUUAUGUUAGAUUAUGCCAGAUUGCUGCAUCAGCUUUUCCCUCAGGACACCCCUGGGUCUUGAUCUGGGGAAAUACAAAGCUGAGACAUGCCUCUCUUUCUGUGCUGUGGUGGCUCAGGUGCAGGUUCAAAGAUGUUUACCCAACAGAUCUCUAA